UCCCAAAAUCAUAGCCACGAGGCCCUUUGUCCUUGAGAUGAUAUUCUUUUGUCUAUCUCUUGAUUAUAAACACUGGCUUCAUCCAGUGUUUUUCCUCCAUAUAUACUUGGCUUCUAACUAUUCUUCUUUAGCUCUUCAUUGAUACUGUCUUUAAAUAUUUAAUACUUCCAUCUCUAAUGGCUGAUUUGGACUGUUCAAGCACAUCAGAUAAAUCCUUUAUGGACUCGUCAGCCGCAUUUGAGGCCAACAACGAAGAAACCUCGAAGCUUGAAUUUUCAGAAGACGAGGAAAUCCUCGUUACUAAAAUGUUCAACUUGGUUGGUGAGAGGUGGUCAUUAAUUGCUGGAAGAAUUCCAGGUAGAACUGCAGAGGAAAUUGAGAAGUACUGGAACUCAAGACACUCCACCAGCCAGUAAAUAUUUUCUCCUUGCUAUGAAGCUAGCAAAGAAACUUUGACAAAAUAUUUAUUAUUGCCCAUGGUUUUGAUAUAUUUUAAUUAUUAUCACUUCCUAAUUAUUUAGUACCCUUUUAGAAUGCAAGGUCAUUGAUAUAUGCCUGCACAUCUCCCUUGUUUUCUUUUUGAUUUUGGAUGGAUUUGGCAGCACAAUAUGCAAACAAUAAAAGUGAACAGUGGAUUAAUAAAUAAAAGAACAUUGUCCUUCUCCA